AUGUUCUCUAACAAGAAACCUGACCCUCCAACCGUCGGCUGCUAUCCGGGCCUCGGCAUGAACCUUCGGUAUCAUAACUACCAUCAUGAAGGCGAAAUUUAUCCAACUGCAAUUCACUACAACUCUGUCGGGGCUGAAUCUGAUAUGCUGCUUGUGCGCGAGGCUGCCAUGAUGAUUGUGAUGAAUCAAUUGACCGACAAACCUGACUGGCAUGUAAAGGUCUUUGAUGAAGCCAUUACGGAGAAAUGGAUCCAAGAAGCCCUUGCACUUCCGGUUGAUCCUUUGUACGACGAGAUUGUGCAACAUAGGAACCCCGGAUUCAGAAGCGGUGCUGGUUAUGGACCCGACAGACUCAAAUAUAUUCUAGAUCGGGGCUGUCUCGAAUAUUGUAUCGAAGAGCUUCGUGUCAAGGCCAAGUUCUUUGAAAAGACUGGUCUCAUACCAGCUUUGGAUGCGAAUGCAACGGUCAUCAAGUCAGAUACCUUCAUCGACAAUACCCUCCAUGAACGUCUCCGAAACGCUUUUGCAAAGCUCAAGGAUGAACAGAAAGAUAACCCAGAUUGGCAUCCUCGGACCAAUGACGUGGUCCAGAACCUAGUACACCCUUCUCUUUAUCCUCUCGUGUAUGGACGUUCUCGCGUAUUUCGCGAUGAGGUAGUUGGCGUCGAAGAUGCGGUCGACAAAUGGAGCGGCAAAGGAGAAGUCAUACCUAAAAAGCCGGCCGACGUCCCAUCAGGCUACGAUAAUCGCUACCAUAUAAAUUGGGCGGUGAAUGGUAGCGAUUCGCAUAAGCUGUUUUGGUCUGAUGCCUACCAGUGGCUCCCGUCCAAUGUCAAGCUCAUGGAUGAUGGAAGCGUCAAGUUGACGAGCUACAUCAACAAUCUGCAUCCCAAACAUGGUGACAUUUAUGAGACGAUUGAGAAACUCAUUGGAAGAGCUCUUCCCGCCUGGGAUCACAGUGUGUCGUUUGUAAGAGACUGGGACAUCGUCUCCGCUGGACGGACCAAGGCUCGCUUCCCGCGCCCUGAAAAUCCCGAUGACGACAACGAGGCAAACUGGACCCCACGAAUCGAUGACUGGACGCCUGAUGAUGCAGGGGAGGUUGAGUAUGAAGACGUCAUCAGAGAUGCAGAUGGCGAUCUCCUUUAUGACACCCGCAAGAAGAAUGCUUGGGAAGAGAUCAGAGAGCCCGUUCAACCCGAGGCCCCCGAGUUUAAAGCAUGGGACUAUGGUGUCAAGCCAGGAAUGUCACUACGCGAACGAUUCAAGGACCUCCAAGUCAUCGUCAAAAUGGCUUCCAUCGAACUCACACCUGACAAACCGACAUUUCCCGCCGGAGGGUGGCACGUAGAAGGCCAAAUGAACGAGCACAUUGUCGGCACAGCCCUUUACUACCUCGACUCAGAGAACGUAAAGCCCAGUUAUCUGCAAUUCCGUAUGCAGACUGACUAUUACCAAGAGGACUGGAAUAUCGGCCAGGAUGCUUUUGGUUGGAUGGAGCAAGUUUACGGCACCAAUCUAAGAGGCGGAGAUUGCCUUCAGCGUUAUGGAAAGAUUGAGACGAAGCAGGGUAGAUUGCUGGCGUUCCCGAAUGUCUUCCACCAUAGAGUUUCGCCUGUGGAGUUGGAUGAUAAGAGCAAACCAGGGCAUCGACGGUUCAUAGCGCUUUGGCUUGUUGAUCCAAGAACGAGGAUUAUCAACACAGGAAACGUGCCGCCUCAGCAGAAGAGUUGGUGGUCGGAGAGUGCAUUUAGGGGCUUGAAUGAGGAGAGUGCGAAGAACAUUCCAAACGCAGUCGCGAAGUUAGUGUCUAGGGGAGAGCGAGAGCACUCUGCUCUGAAAGUUGCGGCCGAGAGUGGUAAUCCCCUUCCGGAGGAGCUGGUACACAUGGUCCAAACUGAGGCUGAUGAGUCGACGAUGCCGAUGACGUUGGAGGAGGCGAAGGAGCAUCGAUUGAAGCUCAUGGACGAGAGGACUAGUUAUCAGCGUGACGCGGAGCAAAGUUGGUCUGGUAUCCAGUAUAGUUUUUGCGAGCAUUGA